UCCGGGUCAUGGAUGAGUUUUCCAAAAAUGUUCGUUCAAUUUCAAUUGGGCAAUUUUAUUGAAUAAGUUCUAAGCAGUUGAAAUAAUGGUUAAUUGGAAGGAUUGAAAAAUUUUUUUAUUCCAGGCAGUUGAGCCAUGACUGUCAAACAACCAGCUUGUUAACCUAACAUAACCAUACUUCAUCAGCUGAUUAUGUUGUCAAAUAUGCCCAUAAAACUUCUUCCAGUAAUUACUUUCCUGGUAUUUUUUAAAACCGUAUGGGCCUCUAUCGGGGACAGAUCCCCGCAUUAUGAACGUUGCGUGUACAACUGCCGCACGGCAAAUUGUUCAGAAGAUGGCGAGGGGUUUGUCUCUGGGUAUAAACAGCCCCUGCACUUGAAACUGACGGCGUGGUCCUGCCUGGACGAGUGCCGGUACAAUUGUAUGUGGGAAACGGUCGAUUCUUUUCAUAAACGUAACUGGAAAACGCCACAGUUUCAUGGAAAAUGGCCCUUUAUAAGAUUCUUGGGCAUACAGGAGCCUGCCUCCGUAAUGUUCUCGUUGCUGAACUUGUUUGCUCAUUUGAUAAUGAUCAGGAAGUUUAAUAAGUUUGUCCGGCCCGACAGUCCCUUGUAUUGGUUAUGGUUCGUUUAUUGUGUGGUGUGUUGUCAUGCCUGGCUCUGGUCGGCCAUAUUCCACACCAGAGACUUUCCUAUUACAGAGCUUUUUGACUACUCAUGUGCCUUUUCUAUUGUUCUCGUUAACUGUUAUGUUAUGUCUGUUAGGGUUCUAAGGUAUUUUUUGAACCGUUCAUUACUUAUGGCCCUGACAGUGUCUUUCUUGGCAUUUUUCAUCAGCCAUACCGCUUAUUUGAGCAUGGGAAAGUUCGAUUAUGACUAUAAUAUGAAGCUUAACAUCAUUGUUGGUACAUUUACUGCACUUUGCUGGUUUUUGUGGUGUGUAAUACACAAGAACCGCCAACCAUAUGUUUGGAAGUGCACCCUCUAUGUUACCCUGGCCGGGUUGGUCCUUUUAUUGGAACUCAUUGACCAGCCACCCAUUUUUUAUAUUUUUGACUAUCAUUCUUUGUGGCAUUUAGCUACUGCUCCCUUAGUCUUUAUAGUCUAUAGCUUCGCCAUUGACGACUGCAGGUACCUGCGGAAGACCGAGACCCAAAUGAGGGAGGACAAAGUGAAAAAUCGGUGAAAAUCGCUUAAGAAAAUCGUUAAAAAGAAAUUCGGUUUUCUUAAGGUGCCUCACGAGUACGUCGGACGUUGCCGGAAGUUCUUUGUGGGACAUGUUUUCGGAUGUAAUAACCAAAAAUAAAUAAAUUAUGUAUUUAAUAUAUUCGAUUACGGAAAGAU